UCUAGGAUCUUACGCCUCCACCAUGACCACAUGGAGAUAUGCAUAUGCAGUCCUCUCGCGUGGAGCAACUGUAUGCCUUGGUGAUCUUGCGGUUUCUGUAUGCGGAUCUAUGAGUCUGGGUAUGCCUUUAUGUUGCCUGUCUAUGCCGUCAAUCGCUUUCUCUUCAUGACAAUACGCACUACAUACCAUUCAUUGGGCUGGACCCUGUACCGACUGACGACGUUGCCUUCAAUGAUGUUUUCUCUAUAUUAUGUCAGUAGUUUAAUAUUUGCAUCUAGUUUUUUUAGCACCUUACCCGCAGUCGAAUGUAGCAAUCAACAGCGAAAUGAAGAGUUCUUGAUCUUGUGGCCGUGGGAACUUUGGAACAAUACAAACUUUGCUUCCAAACUAAUCAACCAGUUUGCACCGUAGCCAUCGAUGGAUCUAAAUUAACUUCGCAUUCCUCCACCGCGGCCGGUGCACCGGUGAGGCUUUGUUGUGUUCUUUCUUA